AGAAUCUCUCCAGAUGUCUUCCAGUAAUGACCAGGUUUUUAUCACAAUGUCACAAAGAAACACCAAUGGCCUUCCUGGAAUGACCUCCAGUGACAUGAAGACAAUUACUGACGGGGCUGUGUUAAGUUUUCAUAACAUCAGCUAUCAAGUAAAAGUGAAGAGUGGCUUUCUCUGUGGUCGGAAAACAGUUCAGAAAGAAAUACUAUCAAAUAUCAAUGGGAUCAUGAAGCCUGGGCUCAAUGCCAUUCUGGGACCCACAGGUGGAGGCAAAUCUUCGUUGUUAGAUGUCUUAGCUGCAAGGAAAGAUCCACAUGGAUUGUCUGGAGAUGUCUUGAUAAAUGGAGCACCUCGACCUGCCAAUUUCAAAUGUAAUUCAGGUUAUGUAGUACAAGAUGAUGUCGUGAUGGGAACUCUAACAGUGAGAGAAAAUUUACAGUUCUCAGCAGCUCUUCGGCUUCCAACAACAAUGACGAAUGAUGAAAAAAAUGAACGAAUUAACCUGGUCAUUAAGGAGUUAGGUCUGGAUGCAGUGGCAGAUUCCAAGGUUGGAACUCAGUUUACCCGUGGUGUGUCUGGAGGAGAAAGAAAAAGGACUAGUAUAGGAAUGGAGCUGAUCACUGAUCCUUCCAUCUUGUUCCUGGAUGAACCCACAACUGGUUUAGACUCAAGCACAGCAAAUGCUGUCCUUUUGCUCCUAAAAAGGAUGUCUAGGCAUGGACGAACAAUCAUCUUCUCCAUUCACCAACCUCGGUAUUCCAUCUUCAAAUUGUUUGACAGCCUCACUCUAUUGGCCUCAGGAAAACUAAUGUUCCAUGGGCCUGCACAGGAGGCCUUGGGAUACUUCUCACUAGCAGGUUACCACUGUGAGCCCUACAACAACCCUGCAGACUUCUUCCUGGAUGUCAUUAAUGGGGACUCCUCUGCUGUAGUAUUAAGCAGAAAGGGAAGAGAUCAAGAAGCCGAUGAGACCGAAGAGUCUUCCAAGACAGAAAAACCAAUCAUAGAAAAAUUAGCUGAGUUUUAUGUCAACUCCUCCUUCUACAGAGAAACGAAAGCUGAACUAGACAAACUCUCAAUGGGUGAGAGAAUGAAGAAGAGCUUAGCCUUCAAGGAAACCACCUAUGUCACCUCCUUCUGUCAUCAGCUCAGGUGGAUUACCAGACGUUCCUUCAAAAACUUGCUAGGUAAUCCCCAGGCAUCCAUAGCCCAGGUAACCGACCGAUUGUUUUAACUAUGCUAUGAAAUACUGGUGUGGGAGUUGGGAGCAAGUUGGCUGUGAUGCAGUGAGGCUCAGGAUCACAUUUAUCUUCUUCUCACUUUCCAUUUAUUUGUC